GCCAAGCUUUGCAGGCAGCCUUCUUCAUAUCCUCGUUCUCCAUCCUCUGCUCCCAAAAGGAGCUAGCGCUAGCUAGGAAACACACAGAGAGACGAAAUAAGCAGCGAGGCAAUGGGCAACUGCUUCACCAGGAAGUACGACGAGCACGAGCACGAGCACGAGAUACCAAUCACCACGGACCCGCCGCGGCGGACGUCGAUGCCGGUGUACCGGCCGCCCCGGCCCCGCGAUGACAAGACGCGGGAGGUGCCGCUGUACUCGGGCUCGGACCGCCGGCCGUCCUACCGUCCGCCGCGGCUUCCAGUCUUCCCGUCGGGCCCGGGAUCGACGGGCCGGCGGCGGCCGCCCACCGGCCAGACGGGCACGGUCCUGGACCGGCACACGGUGGACGUGCGGACGCUGUUCCACCUGGAGCGGAAGCUGGGGAGCGGGCAGUUCGGCACCACGUACCUGUGCACGGAGCGCGCGACGGGGAAAAAGUACGCGUGCAAGUCGGUGUCCAAGCGCAAGCUGGUGCGGCGCGCCGACAUCGCGGACAUGCGCCGGGAGAUCACCAUCCUGCAGCACCUCAGCGGGCAGCCCAACGUGGCGGAGUUCAAGGGCGCGUUCGAGGACCGCGACGACGUGCACGUCGUCAUGGAGCUCUGCUCCGGCGGCGAGCUCUUCGACCGCAUCACCGCCAAGGGGAGCUACUCCGAGCGCCAGGCCGCCGCCGUGUGCCGCGACGUCCUCACCGUCGUCAACGUCUGCCACUUCAUGGGGGUCAUGCACCGCGACCUCAAGCCCGAGAACUUCCUGCUCGCCAGCCCCGCCGACGACGCGCCGCUCAAGGCCAUCGACUUCGGCCUCUCCGUCUUCAUCGAAGAAGGCAAAGUUUACAAGGACUUGGUGGGGAGCGCGUACUACGUGGCGCCCGAGGUGUUGCGCCGGAACUACGGCAGGGAGAUCGACGUCUGGAGUGCUGGCGUGAUCCUAUACAUCCUUCUAUGCGGGUCGCCGCCUUUCUGGGAAGAAACGCAGAAAGGCAUAUUUGACGCAAUAUUGGCCGACGAGCUCGAUCUGGUCUCCUCCCCGUGGCCCUCCAUAUCUGAAAGCGCGAAGGAUCUCAUUAGAAAAAUGCUGAACAGGGACCCUCAGAGGCGCAUUACGGCUUCACAGGCCCUAGAACAUCCAUGGCUCAAAGGUGGUGCACCUGACAGGCCUAUCGACAGCGCGGUCCUGUCAAGAAUGAAGCAGUUCAAGGCGAUGAACAAGCUAAAGCAACUUGCACUGAAGGUAAUCGCAGAGAACCUAACAGAGGAUGAGAUCAAGGGGCUGAAGCAGAUGUUCAACAACAUGGAUACAGACAGGAGCGGCACGAUCACGGUCGAGGAACUCAAGGACGGGCUGGCGAAGCUCGGGUCCAAGAUUAGCGAAGCGGAGGUUCAGAAGCUUAUGGAAGCAGUUGACGUGGACAAGAGUGGCAGCAUUGACUACACCGAGUUCCUCACUGCCAUGAUGAACAGGCAUAAACUGGAGAAGGAGGAGGAUUUGUUCCUUGCUUUUCAACACUUCGACAAAGACGAUAGCGGGUACAUAACAAGAGACGAACUGGAACAAGCCAUGGCGGAGUAUGGGGUGGGUGAUGAAGCAAGCAUUAAGGAAGUGCUGGACGAAGUUGAUAAAGACAAGGAUGGGAGAAUCGACUACGAAGAGUUUGUAGAAAUGAUGAGGAAGGGAAGUUAUACCUGAGGAAGCUCUGUUCUCAUGGUGGGAGAGGUUGUGUAUAUAUGUUUCAGCAAAUGUGUCAAGUACAAGCAACGAAGCAAGUUUAACUUAGAACAAGUUGCUUCUGCAGCUAUGGUCCGAGGCAAGCAUGUACAGCUAUUUAUUUAUUGACCGAAUAUGCAACGAGAGAGAAAAUGUCCAGUUUACUUGAAAGAAAAGUUCAGAGUUCGUGCAAUCGUACAUAUGCCAGUAAUUUUCGC